AUGCCGGACCAAUCUGCGGUCUAUAUCGGUACGGCAUUCAUUGCCGGAGUCUCUCUAGCACUCGUGUGCAGAGAAGUGCUAUAUCCGCGAGGACAUCCCGAGAAAUCGGUAGAUUCCGAGCCGGCAUCUGAUGCACUUGUCGCGCGGUCUGGGCCCCCGGCAAUUGUCGAGGGCAUCCAAGGAUGUAUUGGGAAUACACCGUUGUUCCGCAUCAAGUCUUUAUCGGACGCAACGGGGUGUGAGAUCUUGGGCAAAGCUGAAUUCCUUAAUGGAGCCGGCCAGAGCUCCAAGGACCGUGUAGCACUUAGUAUGAUUGAAAUUGCUGAGAAGAAAGGCAUCCUCACACCAUACUCCGGGGACACGAUCUACGAGGGCACAUCAGGAUCAACAGGGAUUUCACUUGCAACUCUUGCUCGUGCUAAAGGGUUCUUGGCCCAUAUCUGCAUGCCUUCAGACCAGGCCAUUGAAAAAUCAAACCUGCUCCUAAAGCUAGGCGCCAUCGUCGACCGUGUGCCUCCAGCACCCAUCGUCGAAAAAGAAAACUUCGUCAAUCGCGCACGGGCACUCGCCCAAGCGCACACAGAAUCAACCACUGUCCCAUUUACGUCCGAAGAAAACGGCCACCUUGAGACCCACGAACUCAAGGUCCGUGGCCGCGGGUUUUUCGCGGAUCAAUUUGAGAACGAGGCUAAUUGGCGCGCUCACUACGCCGGGACUGGCCCGGAAAUCUUUUCUCAGUGUAAUGGGAAGAUUGAUGCUUUUGUGGCCGGUGCAGGCACUGGCGGCACUAUCUCUGGUGUGGCGCGGUAUCUCAAGCCUCUUCUACCUAAUAUCACCAUUGUACUUGCGGAUCCGCAAGGAAGUGGAUUGUAUAACCGUGUGCGGUAUGGUGUUAUGUUUGACUUGAAGGAGCGGGAGGGGACACGCCGACGGCCGCAGGUCGAUACUAUUGUUGAGGGUAUUGGUAUCAACCGUGUCACUGCGAACUUUGAGGCUGGGAAGGAGCUGGUCGAUGAUGCGGUGCGUGUGACAGAUGCUCAAGCACUGGCUAUGGCGCGAUGGCUGGUCGAGAAGGAUGGUAUCUUUAUUGGGAGUAGCAGCGCGGUCAAUUGUUUCGCUGCGGUAAAGACGGCGCAGAAGCUUGGUCCAGGCCAUCGCAUCGUGACAGUCUUGUCUGACUCUGGAUCGCGGCACUUAUCACGGUUCUGGGCCAAAGCCGGGGACGUUGGGGGAGCUGUUGAUACAAAGUUGGAAGAUGUGCUUAAUGCCCGUGAUGAGGACUUUCAAUAG